AUGGAUGAAAUUUCAUUUUAUAGACCUAAGAAACUAAACGCAAAGUUUCAAAGUUUUCCUCAAAAGUAUACAGCACCGACAAUAUUAUUAAUGAAUAAAGUAAUUAAAAAGAUACAUCGGGAUACUGGUAUAUCAAGCAAAGCUAUGAGUAUUAUGAAUAGUUUUGUAAAUGAUAUUUUUGAACGUAUUGCUGCUGAGGCAUCACGUUUGGCUCAUUAUAAUAAACGGUCAACAAUUACAAGUAGAGAAAUUCAAACUGCCGUACGAUUAUUAUUACCUGGUGAAUUAGCUAAACAUGCAGUUAGUGAAGGUACUAAAGCUGUAACAAAAUAUACAAGUUCCAAAUAA